AUGGAUAGUGCUGAUAUUGCAAUGAUAGGCCUUGCCGUGAUGGGCCAGAACUUGGUUCUAAAUAUGGCCGAUCACGGUUUCACGGUUGCCGUUUUCAAUAGACAUACUGAUGUUGUUGAUGAGUUCCUUGCAGGUCCUGCCAAGGGUAAGAGCGUUAUUGGUACCCACUCUUUGGAAGAGAUGAUUGCCUCUUUGAAAAGACCUAGAAAGGUCAUGCUGCUAAUUAAAGCUGGAAGUGCCGUUGACAGUGUUAUUGAACAGUUGCUUCCUCUCUUAGAGAAGGGUGAUAUUAUCAUUGAUGGAGGCAACUCCCACUACCCAGAUACUACCAGGAGAUACGAGUAUUUGAAGUCUAAGGAUAUUUUGUUUGUUGGUUCCGGUGUUUCCGGUGGUGAAGAAGGUGCCAGAUAUGGUCCUUCGUUGAUGCCUGGUGGUUCAAUUGAAGCAUGGCCUGCUAUUAAGCCCAUCUUUCAAGCUGUUGCCGCUAAAGCAGACGGAGAGCCAUGUUGUGAUUGGGUUGGACCUGCCGGUGCCGGCCAUUACGUCAAAAUGGUGCACAAUGGUAUUGAAUAUGGUGAUAUGCAGUUAAUCUGUGAAUCUUAUGACUUGAUGAAGAGAUUGGCAGGUAUGCCUGAUAAGGAGAUUUCUGAAGUUAUGGCCCGAUGGAACAAGGGUGUUCUUGAUUCUUUCUUGAUCGAGAUUACCAGAAAUAUUUUGGCUUUUAACGACGAGGACGGCAUUCCAAUGGUUGAGAAGAUCAUGGAUAGAGCUGGACAGAAAGGAACGGGUAAAUGGACUGCCAUCGAUGCCUUGGACAAGGGUAUGCCAGUCACUUUAAUUGGAGAGGCCGUGUUCUCUAGAUGCUUAUCUGCGUUGAAAAGCGAGAGAGUUAGAGCCUCCAAGAUAUUGUCUGGUCCGACUGUCGAGAAGAUUUCGGAAUCGGAGAAGAAGCAGUUCAUCGACGACUUGGAGCAGGCCUUGUAUGCCUCUAAGAUCAUUUCUUACGCGCAGGGUUUCAUGCUAAUUAGAGAGGCUGCCAAGGAGUUCAAAUGGGACUUGAACUUCCCAUCGAUCGCUUUGAUGUGGCGAGGAGGAUGCAUCAUUCGGUCUGUAUUUUUGGGAGAGAUUACCAAGGCUUACAGAGAGCACAAGGAUCUCGAGAACUUACUUUUCCAUCCAUUCUUUGAAUCUGCUGUUAUGAAAGCCCAACCUGGUUGGAGAAAGACUGUUGCAAAAGCCGUUCUCAACGGUAUUCCAACACCUGCCUACUCUACUGCUUUGGCCUUUUACGACGGUUAUAGAUCUGAGAGAGUUCCUGCCAACUUAUUGCAGGCCCAGAGAGAUUACUUUGGCGCUCACACUUUUCAAAUCUUGCCUGAAUAUGAGGACGAUAAGAAGAAGGCUGGAAAGAAUAUUCACAUUAACUGGAGCGGUAAAGGUGGAAACAUUUCUGCCCAAAACUACGAUGCUUAG